AUGCAACUUGAGGGCUCAUAUUUGCUAUCCCUCAAGGUGGUACAAUGCCCUCACACUAAUGGCAAUGAAGAAGAGGAUACGAAGGAUGUUACUAUUUUUGCACUGGUCAUGCGAAAUGGGAAGCGUGAAAUAUCCAUCAACUCCUUUGAUAAGCCGGGAGAUCAACCUCAGAAUAAUGGCCCGAAACAUCAUUCUGUUAUCCUGGAGACCUCUACGCAGAUAAACGAUUUCAGGCUCGCUGCUGGCGGAUCAGUGAUUAUUGCUAUAGCCGGCAGUUCUCUUAUCAUUGGACAUCGGGCUAGAGGUCCAGAGCGCGAACCGGAAUACACAUGGCGUGAAGUACAGUUACCCUUCACUACGACUAGCUUCGACAUACGUGAGCCCGAUUGGGAGUCUAGCACGAAAAAGGGCAACAAGAAACCCGUUGUUGAUCUUGCAGUGGGACAAAAUGAGGGAGCCAUCAUUGUGUACAGUGAUGUAUUGAAUACUCUCAAGGGGCUUGAGAACCGUCGGAUAGCGGAGCCAGGUGCAUCAUCACUGAAGCUCCAUUGGCAUCGCGGACCUGUCAAGACUGUUCGAUGGUCAAAAGAUGGAAAUUAUCUCAUAUCUGGUGGCCUCGAAACCGUCAUGGUCCUCUGGCAGCUUGAUACUGGGCGAAAACAAUUCUUGCCCCAUCUCACUUCCGCGAUAUGCAACAUCGUUGUCUCCCCUAAGGGCAGCAGCUAUGCCAUUAAGCUUCAGGAUAACUCUGCCAUGGUCUUGACUACUUCUGAGCUUAAGCCGACUGCAAGCAUUAGCGGGCUGCAGGUGCUCGAGGACUCCAGAGAACGCCAUCGUAAACUGCCCUGCAGGCUUCCGGCGCUCGUACAUCCUAUACACAGUAACCAUCUCCUUAUCGCCGCGUCGACAGCAAUGGGACGAGACGCAGCCAACUCGUCUUAUAUCCAAACAUUCGACAUGCGCUCCAACCAACAAGUCUACCGUCAAGCUCUGACCCGUACCAACGUCUCUGUCCUCAAUGUUGGUCCACAGGGAACCCAGCUAACCACCCCGGACAUCACGUUUGUUCAGGUAUCCCAUGAUGGCUCCUGGCUUGCCUCCAUCGAUGAAUGGCAGCAAUACCCUGAUGAUGUUAAGGCCUUAUACCCCGGUAUUGAGCAUCAGAGCCGUGAGCCGAAGCGAGAGGUGUGUCUUAAGUUCUGGCGCUGGAACGAAACCACUAUGGAAUGGGAGCUCGUGUCUCGCGUCAACUCACCGCAUACUUCGACUACUGGCGAAGCUCUGACCGUCCUUGACCUUGCUGUGCAUCCGCAGGGCUAUAUGUUUGCCACCGUAGCUUCGGAUGGCAUGCUCAGAAUCUGGACACCCGAUAGCAAAAGCACGAGGAAAAUGAACAGUCGUGGCGGAGGUACUAAUCAGGUGAAGUCCUGGCGAUGCUCGCAUGUUAUUCCUCUAGAGGCACCGAACGAUCAACCAUCUGCCUCACUAUGCUUUUCUGAGGACGGUUCUGCGUUGGCUGUGUGCUGGUCCACUGUCUCUCGUUGUGGGUUGGUUUCCCUCAUUGACCCGGAAACAGGCCGCAUUCACCUCUCACGUCAGGGCCUCUACACGGACCCUGCUCAGGGUUGUGGAUUCAUCGACCGAUACUUGAUAAUUGUCUCUGACUCCGCCUUUGUCUGGGAUACCGUAUCCGACCGAGUUAUCUCCCGCAUCCCCUUGCGAACCAAGAAAGCAAAGAACAACUUCCAAUCAUAUCUAGCAAUCAACCCUCGCAGCCGGACCUUUGCAACCUGCUUCUCUCGCCCUCCCGUAGAUCACUCCAAUCCAGUGUCGAAAAAGGGGAAGUCAGCUAGAAACCAACUCUGUGUCUUUAGCGUUGAAUCAUCUUCUCCGAUCUUCCAGUCUUCAAUAGACAGCACCCCGCUUGCCUUGUUACCCGAUACAAAGACAGGUGAAUACAUAAUCAUCGAUUCAUCUGCAUCUAUCACCCGAAUGACAUCAGGCGUUGCAUCAGUUCUACCGGAUUCUGCAUUCGCUGAGUCCACUCUCCCCCUUAAGAGCGGGCUGGAGGAUAUCUUUGGUUCAUACCGGAGGCUCCCCAAGGCUUCUUCAACUGAGAAGCCAUCUGAGGAGCAGGAAACGGCUGGUGCAAUUGAGAAGAAGAGCCUGGCUGACGUAUUUGAUAUCGCCCCGUCGUUUGCUCUGCCUAGUGUCGAUACUCUGUUUAAAAGUGUUGUUAAUGUUUUUGCAAAGGGAUAA